AUGAAUAUGGUGGUGUCUCGCCAUGCAGCGCGCGGGUGGGAGAAGGGCCUGUGCGCCAUGAGCCACACUCCUAUAGGCGGCCACCCGCAAGGUUGGGAGCACAAGCUUGCUGACAGGUCGUCGUUGCCACCGGCUUCUGGGGAGGAGAAGAACAAAUCUCAGUCCAAAUAUGUGUUCGCACAACCACAUCUGUCCAAGGUCAGCAUGGCGUGGCGCGAGCAGACGGAGGGGUCGUCGGGUAGCUCGGCGCGCUCGCCCGCCUCGCCGCCCUACAUGCGCUGGGCACGCAGCCUCCACGAGUUGCUCGAGGACGCGGAGGGCGUGCGAUUGUUCCGCAAGUACGUCAGCGGCGCGGGCGGGCUGCACGUGGACCGGCUCAACUUCUACUUCGCCGUGCAGGGCCUGCGCCAGGAGUGCGAGCCCUCCAAGAUACGGCAGGUCGUCUCUGCUAUAUACAAAUUCCUCCGCAAAUCUCAGCUAGCGAUGCCGGAGGAGCUGAAGCAGCACGUGAAGCAGAGCCUCAAGGAUGGCUCCAACAUCGAGAAGACUAUAUUCGACAAUAUGGAACAGGAGGUGACGCGUGCGAUAACGGAGACGACGUACCAGUCGUUCCUGCGGUCGGACGCGUACGUGUCGUAUGUUAGCGCCGCCACGCAACCUCUGUCAUCGCCAGACGCCUCGCCGCCCCAUCCACCUAGAGAGAAUCCUUUAACCCAGCAGGCGGCAGUGGGUGGCCUGGCCACGCUGCACGAGGGCCAAGAGUUGGGCGCGGGUGCAGCGGCCCCGGCGGCACGACUUACGCAUGAUGCGCUCCUCGCGACACAGUCACGCCGGCUGCACUCUGACGUCGCACCUAGACACCGCAAGCGCUCGGUGUACAGUGCGCACGUGUCGUACGCGGGCUACUGCCCCGCCUCGCGGCAGGACUCGGAACGCGCCAGCCUCAGCAGUGGACGAACAGACUCCGACGCAAUCUCGCUCUCCGGCAGCAGUGUCGAUGGAAUGUCAGUUCGCAACGUACGCGAGCCGCGCGAGUCCCGCCACCGCCCGCGUCUGCACGGGCUCGACCGCCACGCUGUCAUCAAUAAGGAACAGGAUACUGCCAUGGUGAUCCCCCGCACGGCGCGAGUGCAGUCGGAACAGUUGCGCGUGUUACCGCCGGCGGAGUUUGCGCCGCUACUCAUUGAGAAACUCGAGCGCGUGCGCCGCGACCAGGAGGCCAAGGAGAGGCUUGAGAGGCGACUCGCUGAGGGUGAUGUAGACGAAGCUUCAAGUCAAGUGUUACCACCGCAGCUGGUCGCGGCCGCCAUCCGCGAGAAAUUGCAGCUUGAGGACGACAACGAUCAAGAUAUCCUCGACCAGCACGUGUCCCGCGUAUGGUCGGAGCGCACCCCGGGCGCGUCCCCCCCCGGGGGCCGGCGGGCGCGCCCCCGCCACCACGGGGCGCACGGCCCGCACCCCGCGCGCCGCGCCCCCUCCGCGCUCUCCGCGGACUCCGGACACUACGACGCGCCACCAGACUCGCUGCACCAUCCCCACUCACUCACGCGCAGGUCGUUCUCUAAGAAGACGGUGACGGAGCUGACCGACAGCGGAGUGUCGGUGGUGUCGGAGGGGGGCGUGGAGCCUCGCAUCCUGCUGUGGAUGGCGGAGGGCGAGCGCCUCGACCGCCUCGAGCGCGGCGACCGGCCCGACCGCUCCGACCGACCCGACCGGCCCGACCGACUCGAACGCCGCCACCACUCGCGGGCCUCCUCUGCAGACCGCGACGAUCUUCGCCGCAAGGACAAACCGCCUCGAGCCGCACGUGGCGGCGGCAGUAAGUCGAGCAGUACGAGCGGCGGGGCCGCGGAGAGCCAUACGGUGGUGGUGGUGACCUUCCUGGACGAGAACGUGCCCUACCGGUUCAAGGUGCCUGCCUCGCCGCUCACACUGAAGACCUUCAAGGAUUACCUGCCGAGGAAGGGCAACUACAGAUACUUCUUCAAAACGAACUGUGCGGAUCUAGACACCGUGAUCCAAGAGGAAGUGAGCAGUGAUUCGGACACACUCCCCAUGUUCGAAGGUAAGGUCAUGGCGCGCGUCAAGAGCAUCGACUAGGCUACAUACCACCCAGGGAACAUACAAGAAAACAGAAGAAAUACCUAUACACAUUGUGUCUAGACUUAGUGGAGCAAUGUAC